AUGGAAAAAUGGCCUUUUGGUUAUCAAUGUGCAAACUAUUUCGUGCCAGAAAUAGUAAAUGGUUUUCUUUCAAUGAUUCAAGAGAAUGAACUAUUAAUUCUAGAAGAAUUUAUCAAUACAUUACAAUUACUCAAGAAUUAUUCAACCUACUGUGUACAUUCAUUUGCACUUGUGGGGAUGCUUUUUAAUCAAUAUAGCAAACAAUAUGGUAUUAAUCUUGACAUAUGUAGAAUUUCUGAAGACAUUUAUGAAUGCACUAAUGGCCACAAAGGUCUUGUUGGCGCUUGUUGCAAGGCGAUAGAAACAGAAGUAAUGAUGGGUAAAAAUGAGCUAUCAUUUGAUCAAUGGAUGAAGUAUUCAUCAACAAGAUUAAUAAAGUUUAUCAAGAAGCUUAGAGCUUACAAAUCCAUUGUUCGAGUUAUUAAGAAUCUUUUAUCGAAACCAAUGGACAUUAUUAGCAUUUGUAAUAAUGAAGAUGGCGAAAUAUAUCGACUUUUCGCGGAAGGAAUCAUUGUUUCUAAGUCUGUAAAUGAAGAUUACAUAGAAAUGGAGUUUUCGUCACUGAUUCUCCAAAGUAUAAUACUCUCCAUGAUAUGUGGCCCUGAUAUUGAUAUAACAAACCCACCACAAACUAUAAAUAAAAUUGACAUUAAUUGGUUAUUAGAAAACACUAUCGAA